CGAUGGCGACACCGGACGGCCGCACAGCGCGUCAUUGGCGUCACCUUCAGGCCCAACGGCGACAGGCAGAGUCCAACUGCAGCAUCGCGCAGGACACGCCAACGAUUCUAACCAUGUGGGCUGAACGCCUUCGUCACCUCGAUGCGCUUCAGGGUAUUCUCCCCGAGUCACAACAACCCUCGUCUGAAGCGCCGCCGAAGGAGUCUCUCCAGCCCAACAUAUACGUCCUUGUGCAUGGAAACAACAGCACACCUGCCGAUUUCGACAAACUUGCGCGUUGCUUGUACCGGUCCCAUGCUCCAGACGAGUGCGUUGUGCUGCAAAGUGCAGGCAACAAAGGCUACCUAACGAGACGCGGCAUUGCUGUCUGCGGAACUGUUUUGGCCAUCGAAGUGUUGGACUUUCUCCUCCGCUACGAUGUAGAUCCAACCCAGCCGCGGCAGUUGAGCAUUGUCGGCCACUCGUUUGGUGGACUCAUCGCGCGAUACAGCUUGGUGCUGCUGCAGCACAUUCUAUCCGCGCUUUGCAUUACUCCUGUGUCCUUUGCCACGCUGUGUACGCCGCACUUGGGCUCUCGAAGGCCUGGUGGGGGCAUGUGGAAGCGGGUGGUGCAGCAGGUGGUGCAUGGCGUCUUAUCCAUUGACACAUUAUAUGGCCAAACUGGACGGGAUCUGCUUCUGGAGGGCGAACCAUACUCGGUGCUUGAACGGAUGAGUCACCCCGACUCACUGUUCGUGGUGGCAUUGAAGCGCUUCCGCCACCGCACUCUGGUCGGGUUGAUCCACGGAGACCACUUGGUCCCGCAUGCGUCGUCCUGCCUCACGACGGUGGUGCCAGAGGUUCCUCGCGUCGAGCCAGCGCAAAGUUGGCAGUGGACGCUGGUGCAUUCUGGCAUCGACAAGGGCGACGCGACCCUUGGGGGGUUCGCACAGGUCAACCUCGUGGAGAUGGAAGCCAGCUCGACGAGGCAGUUUACAGCCGACUGCGUCGAAUUCGAUGUCCACCAACGAGCGGCGAUCAACCGCCGCCUCCUGAGCGUGUCCCACCUCAUGACGUGGCGGCGGCUGCACGUCCGACUUGACUGCAGCAAAGUGCACUGGAAAAAAGCACAUGAUUGGCCCAUCGGACGGAACCAGCCCCCCGACAGUCGAAGCCUCGAGUUCCUUCAAGUGUUUGCCUCGAUGCUCGUCCGUGACCAUUUAGGCCCCACCGGAAUUAACUGAAAUGUCAAUCUUUUGCCAG